CGGGUUUUCCGCUGAGUGACUUUGCCCUUUGCCGGAGAACUCAGCAGACGGCGAACCACACGAGCGUGUCAGUUUCGCUUCAGCCACGGAACGUAUCGGACGCUCGAGCGAGUCGCUCUCGUCGCGUGUGCGCGCGUGUGUGUUGAGUACGUUGAGUCCGUCGCAUGCCCGUCGCGAAGAGUGUUGUUCAGCCCGUCGAGUGGCGGGGUCGUGUGAAAAAAAGGCCGGUUUCGCUCCCAUUCUGUUAAACACUUCCGUUGAACAAGCUGUAAAGGGAGCCGGAAAACGGAAAACACAAAAAAAGGUCCUGCACACACACACACACAGACACAGAGCAGAAGACAAGCAUCAUCCUUGUUGGGGCCGCGAACAAAGGAGACGAUUACAAAAAGGCGAUCCUUGUGUGCUGUGUGUCCUCCAAGAAGCAGCAGCAAAAAAGAAAAGGUGCCAUUGAGCGAUGAUGGCAUCGCCUCGACCACUCCAACCCGUAUCGCCAUUUUCAUCACUCGAGUAGGUGGGGGAGGGUGGUGGCCCUUGAAGAGCACCGCGUACCCACCUUGGCUCGGGAAGCAGAAAAUGGCAACAAUGAUCGUCUCCUGUUCCGUGGUACCGUCGAAUAUUCCACCUCCGUCGGGCAUCGGGAGCAUCGGCCAGCCUCGGCCGUGUCAUAUCUGCUUUGCCGUCAUAAAAGAAGCGCUAGAAGGAUGUGCUCGUUGCUAGGGCAGUGGUAGUAAUGCCGACGACGGAUGAUUGCUGCUGCAUGACCCCGUUUACUUUGAUGAAGUUGUUCGAGGCGCGCGCGCUACUCUGUGUUUCUAUGUUUUUAUUGUUCCCCUCCCAACGACCCAGUGAGUGUGGCUAGUGAAAGUGCACGAAGCGCAUGCAACAUGUGUUAAGAUAUUAUCAUAAUUACAUCGUGAAAGUGUGCUGUGUGAAAGUGGGAGGAGAAAGCAAGCGAAAACCAAAAGAAGCUGGACCCAAAUCGUGGAAAAUAGUGCGCGGUGAAGACGGAGGUCGGACGCCGCUUUCAUCUUUCCAGGUUGAUUUAUUGCACUCCAGCGGCGGCCGUGUGACUGUGACUGUGCACAAUAUCCAUAAAAAAAGGACUCGGGCAAAUCCUUUCCACGCUGCCCUCGAUCGGACAUAAACUGGACUUAAAGCAGAGAGUUACAACGCCCGACCGAACGAUGGACCUGGAGGAGCUUGCGGUAACCCUGCUGACGGGUGGAAAUAAAUCGACUGCCGGAACCAGCAGCUGCUGCCCUGCCGGCACUGGCCUCAACGGAAGCGGCACCGAGCCGGGCUGGAGUGCGACAUCCGCCGAGCUGGAGAUCGCCUGGAGGGAAAGUUCCCCGCCAACGCUCGUCGCCGGACCGUACCCCGAGCCGAACGGAACCGCCGAAAGCAUACAAACGAUGGACUUUUUCUCGAUACUGCCGCUCUGGCGGCUGAUCGUGUGGAACGUGCUGUUCGCCGGCAUCGUCAUUACGGCCACCGUCGGUAAUCUGAUCGUGGUGUGGAUCGUCCUCUCCCACAAGCGGAUGCGCACGGUCACCAACUACUUUCUCGUUAAUUUAUCGAUAGCGGACGCGAUGGUGUCGACGCUGAACGUCACCUUCAACUACACGUACAUGCUCUACCUGGACUGGCCGUUCGGGACAAUGUACUGCAAAAUAUCACAGUUCGUUGCCAUUCUCAGCAUCUGCGCUUCCGUGUUCACGCUGAUGGCCAUCGCGAUCGAUAGGUAUGUUGCCAUCAUGAACCCGCUGAAGCCUCGCAUGGGCAAGAAGGCAACGCUGUGCGUGGCGGCCAGCAUCUGGAUCGUCGGCACGAUCAUCUCCUGCCCGUCGCUGCUCUUCUUCACCACCUACCCGAUGAAGGACCACAUCCUGUGCUACGCCGAAUGGCCCGACGGUCCCUCGAACCAUUCGCGACAGGAGUAUGUGUACAACAUCGUGUUCAUGCUGCUCACCUACUUCCUACCGAUCGGCUCGAUGACGUACACGUACGCCCGGGUCGGGCUGGAGCUGUGGGGCUCGAAGAGCAUCGGCGAAUGCACGCAGAGGCAGCUGGACAACAUCAAAAGCAAACGGCGGGUCGUUAAGAUGAUGAUGAUUGUGGUGAUAAUCUUUGCCGUCUGCUGGCUACCGUUUCAAAUCUACUUCAUCCUCACGUCCUACUAUCCGGAGCUGACGAAGAAACCGUACAUCCAGGAGGUGUACCUGGCGAUCUACUGGCUCGCGAUGAGCAACUCCAUGUACAAUCCCAUCAUCUACUGCUGGAUGAACUUACGGUUCCGGCGUGGCUUUCAGCAGUUUUUCCGCUGCUGCCCGUUCGUGCGCGUCACCCCGGACAGUGCCAGCAGCCACCGGCGCACCGGUACGUCCCGCUACUCGUGCUCCGGCUCGCCGGACCACCUGCGAAUAGUAAGAAAUGAUACGGAGCGGUCGUUUCUGUACAACGGUUCCCAGUCGCCCACCGGACAGCGGAAAUGGCAAACCGGUCCCAUGCGACGGGUGAACACGAUGCUGACGAGCCAGAUGCUGAAUCAAACCACCAGCCUGUGCUGUGCGUCCCCGGCGGACAGCAACCCACCGGGCGGACCGGGUCGGCCGAAGGAUUAGCAGCAGCUGCACGAGCUCGGUCGCGGGCUCGGUGGAUCGAAUCGUGCGUCGCGUCACCACCGACCACUGGCCCGAUCGUGCCAAUCGGUAGAGGAACUGUAAAUAGGAGGCCCCAAUGCACACACACACAAGAGACACGGAACGAUGGGGGGCAAAA